CGCCCCACAGCACCCACAGCACACGGUACACACAACACACGGCAUAUCAGAGAUGGCUGCUGCAAAGGAACUGAAGAAGUUCACGCGCGAGGAAGUCGCCCUGCACAACACAGAAGAGAGCCUCUGGGUUAUCAUCGACGCCAGAGUCUUCGACGUGACGCGCUUCCGGAAGCUGCACCCCGGCGGCGCGAGCGUGUUCAUGGACGAGGGCAUCCCCGGCCAGGACGCGACCGAGGCGUUCUUCGGGCUGCACCGCUUCGAGGUGCUCGAGAAGCCCCAGUACGCGCGCCUCCAGAUCGGCGUCCUGCAGGACGAGGAGCCCCAGAUCCGGGGCGGGAUCGUGCCGGGGCAGAUCAGCAAGGUUCCCUAUGCCGAGCCGACGUGGCUCGCGGAGGGGUACAAGAGCCCGUACUACAAGGAGAGCCAUCAUAGGCUGCAGCAGGCGGUGCGCAAAUUCGUGGACGAGGUGAUAUACCCAGACGCUCAGGAACACGAAGCAGAUGGCAAGCCGCCGUCGCAGAGUGUUUUCGACCAGAUGGCGGCUCUCAACCUCCAUGCGAUGCGUAUGGGACCGGGAAAGCACCUCAAGGGUUUGACGUUGAUGGGCGGAAUUGUUACUCCUGAAGAGUUUGACUACUUCCACGAGCUGCUCGUCUCACAAGAAAUCGCGCGAUGCGGGGCGCGCGGGUACGGAGACGGACUGCUGUCGGGCUGCGUCAUCGGCCUGCCCCCGGUGCUCAACUUCGGCAGCCCCGAGCUCAAGGCACGCAUCGUGCCCCCCAUCCUGAGUGGGAAGAAGUUCAUCUGUCUCGCGGUUUCGGAGGCGUACGCGGGCAGCGAUGUGUUCGGCCUCCAGACGACCGCGACGAAGACGGAGGACGGAAAGCACUGGAUCAUCACCGGCACGAAGAAGUGGAUCACGAACGGAACGUUCGCGGACUAUUUCACCGUAGGGUGCAAAACAGAGGACGGUUUCACGGUCAUCCUCGUCGAGCGCGGCGAGGGCGUCUCGACGAAGGCGAUCAAGACGUCGUAUUCGUCCUCCGCCGGCACGGCGUACGUCACGUUCGACCACGUCCUGGUGCCGGUCGAGAACACGCUCGGCGAGGAGGGCGGCGGCAUCUUCGUGAUGCUCAGCAACUUCAACCACGAGCGGUGGGUGAUGUGCUGCAUCAACGUGCGCGCGCAGCGGCUCGUCGUCGAGGAGUGCAUGAAGUGGGUGAACCAGCGCAAGGCGUUCGGCAAGCCGCUGCACUCGCUCGCGGUCGUGCGCAGCAAGCUCGCGCUCAUGAUCUCGCGGGUGGAGAGCCAGCAGAGCUGGCUCGAGAACAUCACGUACCAGAUGUGCAACAUGUCGUACAAGGAGCAGGCGAGCAAGCUUGCGGGGCAGAUCGCGUUCCUCAAGUCGCACAUGACGCGCAGCGCACAGCACACCGCCGCGGACGCGGUGCAGAUAUUCGGCGGGCGCGGUAUCACGCAGUCCGGCAUGGGCAAGUUCAUCGAACAUUAUCACCGUACGGUCACCUUCGACGCGCUCCUUGGUGGAGCGGAGGACGUCCUCGCGGACCUCGGCGUCAGGCAAGCCACGACUCGCAUGCCGUCGGACGUGCGGUUGUGAGCAUCUCUCCCCAUUUGCGUUGUACCGCUGCAUCCUGCAUCGCUACUUUUGCGUCGGUCCCUACCUGCCAUUGCUAUCCACUCGCUAUUUAUGUAUCCUACCGUUGCUACUUUACUCUAGAGGGACCGCCGGUUUGCCCACGUAUAUAUUCGCACAUUCGUUGUUGCUACCGUAUAAUCGAGCGCUCGUUGUCGCUUAUUCAGCCCGAGCUU